AUGGCCGGCGGCGCGAGCUCCGGCGACCGGGGUGCGUGGGAGGCGGCCAGCACCGUGUUCCGCAUCGCCAAGGUGUGCCUCUCGCUGGCGUCGGCCGUCAUGACGGCCACCUCGAAGCAGUGCGCGUCCCGGCCGGACGGCGGCGGCGGCCUCGCUGCCGGCGCAGUCUCGUACAGCGACCUCGGCUCAUUCCGGUACGCGGCGCUGGCCAACCUGCUGUCGGCGGCGCUCCAGGGCGUGGCGAUCUUCCUGGAGGUGGUCGGGAAGGGGCGGUGGGCCAAGGCCGUGGAGCUCGUCGACAAGGUCGUGCUGGCGCUCACGUCGACGGCCGCGCCGCUGCUGCUCGCCGCCGACGACAUCGCCUCCUGCGGGCCGCCCCGUGGCGGCGGCGGGAGUCGCCGGCGACAGCGCGUGAGCUUCGGCGCAAACAGGCUUGAGCUGGCGUCUCGUGAAGAAACUGAAGCGGUCGCCGGCGUCGCCGUCGCCGUCACCACCCCCUCGACGGGCACCGCCACCACCAACGCCUCGUCGUCCCUCGCCGCCGCCGCCGCCGCAGCCUCCUCUCCCACCAGUCCGGCCACCAACACCUUCGCCUCCAACGCCUCCUGCUCCACAGCCAUCACCAAGGCCGCCGCCGCCGCCUUCUUCCCCGCCGCCACCACCAUCACCUCCUGUCCAGCCAGCGCCUUCUUCCCCGCCGCCGCCACCACCAGCACCUCCUGUCCAGUGCCUGCCACCGCCGUCACCACCCACUCCACGGCCGUCACCACCUGCUUCUCCCUGUCCCUGGCUGCCGCCGCUUCCACCCAGUCCCACUCCACGGCCGCCGCCGCCACCUCCUCAUCCGCCACGGCCAUGCAGUUGCGGCUGCGACGGCGGGUGCGAUCGCACGCCAACACCAUUUGUUGUGAUUGUGAUGUUAGUAGUGAUGCUGUUGUUUUGCCGCCUUUCGUCUUCACGUUAAGUUCCUAUAUAUUCAGAGCUUAA